AUGACGCUCGACAUCGACGAACAACUCGCUAAUUUCCGUGACGCUCGGGCCCUGGUCGUGGAGUCCCUCGACGACAUCGACACCAAGAUCGCAGCGCUACUCAACGCGAAGAAACUCCUCUCCGCCAACGUCAAGGUAGCGGUCACCCAAUUCAACGGCCAAGAAAACCCCAGCAAGUUCAUCCCCACCCAGGCUCACAUCAUCAACGUCAAACAACCGGACGUGGACAUAUCCAGCAUCCGUGGCUGCGCGAGCAUACCUGAAGCCAUGUUCGCGUGGGCCGACGCCCACGGUGGCGAACUGCUGGGCAAGGAACUCGCCAGCGCCAUCAGAAUAGCUGGCAUCAGUAAAGCCAAGAAUGACAACAGCGCCGCCGCCACCAUCCAGAACUUCGCCGUCAAAGCGUACGCCAAACAUUGGGAGAAGACCGGUUCGAACCAUUUCCGCCGUCUGUAUCCAGCUGACGAGGCUCCAUCACCGCAAUCCACCGUGCCUGAUAGACUCGGUGUCGAACGACCCUCAGAACACUCACUUGCCGCCGAUUAA